AUGGACCGAAGAUCUUCGCACGAUUCCGACAGUGAGCAUGAUGUCAACGAGAUCUUGAAUCGCGAACCUAAUGAUCCGAAUACCAUAAUCACGUUUGCGCCGGAGCAGCGCUUUCGCCUAGGGUAUCUGUCGGUGAUGGGUCUUGUAGUGAACAGAAUGAUAGGCUCCGGCAUUUUCAAUAUUCCAAGUACUGCCAUGCAAGGCACCCGUAGCGUCGGUAUCACACUACUCUUCUGGCUUUGCGGUGUCAUCUACACACUCGCUGGAACCCACCUGUUUAUCGAGUAUGGCCUCACCACACCCCGUCACAAGAUUGACGGCGUAGAGCAAGGCGUACCACGCAGUGGCGGCACAUUGAACUACCUUCAAUAUGUAUUUAUGCGACCGGCAUACCGGAAGCGAACGGUCAUGUUCUCGACCUGUGUCUUCGGAGUUGCGUAUAUCAUCCUCGGCAACAUGGCAGGCAACUGUAUGAACCUCGCCGUGCGCGUUUUCGAGGCAGCUGGCGUAAGCCCAGAGAAUGCGCCCGUACGCGGUGUCGCAAUUGCCGCAGCGACACUUUCGUGCUUCGUGCACGCCGUAUCGCGACGAGGGGGAAUAUGGUUGAGCAAUAUCUUCGCCGUAAUCAAAGUUAUAAUCUUGCUGUUCAUCAUCGUUACCGGCGUCAUGGCCUAUGCCGGUUUCUUCGACUCCGAGAGCUUCGCGUCCGAGAAUCUGGCACCAAAGAACGCGUUCUCCGGAGCUGCAGAUGAUUCUUACGGGUAUGCGCAAGCCUUCCUGGGCAUCAUCUUCGCAUUCAACGGGUUCGAACAGCCCAACUACGUCCUUGGAGAGAUAGGUCGACCACGCAAGAAGUUCCCUUGGGCGACUAUAAUGGCUGUGAGCCUAGUGUGCAUACUGUAUGUUGCCGUCAAUAUUGUCUACAUGAUCGCAGUUCCGGAAGAAGACCAGAUCCUAGCCGGAGGUAAUGUGGCGUUGCAGUUUUUUGAGAGGACGUUCGGCAACCUGUCACCAGACGACAAUCGCGCGCAGCGUAUCCUCUCUGCUUUCCUGGCAAUAUCAUCCUUUGGCAACAUCAUCGUCAUGACCUUCACCGCAGCCCGCGUGAAGCAGGAGAUAGCAAAAGAAGGUAUCCUGCCGUGGCCCAAGUUCUUCGGCCAGAACCGCGACAUCUCUUUCGGCCGGUUCCUUAAGUGGGCUCGCAAAACGCCCCUGAUCAAUCGGCCUUUCCAUGGCAUUCUGCAGCUACGUUUCCUCGAUCCUAGCGAACACUCACAAGAGACACCAGUUGGCGCCUUGUUUCUCCACUGGGUAUUUUGCAUCGUCCUCAUCAUUGCCACAUGGGGCCAAUAUCCGAACGACGCCUAUGGAGUGCUCAUCAGCAUGUUCACAUACGCCCACACGGUUUUCGGUCUCAUGCUAUCGGUUGGAAUGCUGUAUUUGCGCUUCGCUUCCAGCUGUGACUGGCGCAACAAAGCGAGCGGCUUCGUGCCCUUCUUCAGCAUCCUGGCGGCUUUCCUCUUCGGCCUGGGUAACCUGUUCCCAAUGGUUGCGCUCUGGGUACCGCCGUUCGGAGAGUUUGCGCGGACGACCAUCAAGCCAAUCUCAUGGUUUAUCACGCCCAUCGUGUCAUGGUGUGUGCUAGCCGUGGGCGCCUUGUGGUGGCUUGGCUUUCUGGCGGUCGCCAAGCGCAUCGAGAGCAAGAAAGGCAACAUUUUCACGGUGGAGAAGCGGCCGGAGUUCGACAGAGAUCCUCCAGAUAGCGGAGAUUUUGUGCAGGUUCAUGAGACAGUCUAUCUUGCGUGGGUCGCAAAGGAAAGCAUGGAAGAUAGGGAACUCCUCGAGAUGGAGCACGCUACACCUGACUAUGCGAGAACAGCGUAG